GAGUUCAAAACGGCAAGUUGUACAGCAGCACAGGGCACUAAAGAGUCGUACGGCACAUAUCCGUCACAGGAAUAUCAAUAUCAAGACUUUUGAAGGAAUCAUCUUGAAAAACAUAUCAAUAUCAGGGUGAUGUCAAUGUCGGUGACUGUGCUGUGCCCCGGCGGUCGCCGUCAGGUGGUCAAGGUCACUCCAAACACCAGCCUUCUGCAGAUCCUGGAGGAGGCAUGCGCCAAGCAGAAGCUGGAUGCCAAGUCAUUCAAUUUGAUGCACUACAACCGCCGCCUGGACCUGAGCAGCUCAGUGCGUUUUGCCAGCCUGCCGAACCGCGCGCAGCUGGAGCUGGCAGCCUCGGAGGAGAGCCGGGUGGACAGUGACGUCACGCUGGCCGUGCAGCUGCCAGAUGGCCAGAGGCUGGUCAAACAGUUCCCCUGUGCCGCCACUCUGUACGAGGUACUCGCCGACCACUCUGUGCUGCCCUCGGACGACCUCACCGUUCCCGUCUGUAUCUACGCGCGCCGCGAGGUGGCCGGCGCGGCCGCCCUCAAAGCCACCACCAUCAGAAGUCUGGGGCUGACCGGCGGCAAGGCCAUACUACGGUACGCCCCUCGGCCCGCCAAUCAGGAGGCCGGCAGUCAGGCCCACGUCUCGGCGCCAUUGGUCAAACCGGCCGCCCCGGACAGCCAAUCAGCGCCGCUCGCCGCCGCCGCCAGCCAAUCACAGACGCCCAUGUCGCCCGGCCGCGAUGACGUCACCACCCGGCCGGCGCCGGCGGUGUGUGACGUCACACAGGCCAGCAGUGAGCCGGUAUUGGCUGCUGGAGCGGCGCCGGCGGCACCCGGGGAGCCAAUGGCUGUCGACGAGGCGAGUGACUGCCCGAGCCCGCCGGCACCAGCCCCAGUCUCCCCACCCCGUGACGCGUCCAGUGCAGAGGCCAGCCGCGCUACCUCCAGUACCAGCGAGGACGCGUUCCUGGUGGAGGGCGCCUCUCUGGGCAGUAGUGCUGGCAGCUCGCAGAUGGAGGUUCAGGAGGAACGAGCCGUGUUUCUGGGGGAGCGGCAAGCGGUGGCGUUUUCUCUGGACGACGCGGCAUCUGGCAGCGCUCAGCCCGAGCUGCCAGAUGAUUUUUAUGACGUCACGGUGGACGAUGCCCGCCGGCGGCUGGCGCAGCUCAGAGAGGAACUUUCAGCGAUGGAUAACAGUCCCCUGCUCACGGCCGAUCAGCGGGAGGCUCGCCGCCAGGCUGACCUGCUGACCCGACUCUCGGCCCAUCGACACUGUGUGGUGCGGGUACAGUUUCCCGACCGGCUCGUAUUGCAGGGCGUGUUCCUAUCGACAGACACGGUGCAGGCGGUGGUGGACUUUACCGCUCAGUUUCUGGAGGACCCCGCCGCCAAAUUCACACUCUUCGUGACGCCUCCCAAGACGUCACUAGCGCCAUCUGCGCGCCUAUUCGAAGUGGACUGCGUGCCGGCAGCUCUAGUUCACGUGGCUGCCGCUGGCGGCGUCACAGUCGCCCUGUCGCCGUCCGUUCGAUCUCGUCUGAGCUCUCCGGCGGGGGCGGCACUGGCUCUGCGGGGAGUGAGAUCGGACCCCUCAUCAGAGAGCACGGGCACAGCCUGCGCCGACUCCGGCUCUGUCUCUGGGUCCGGAUCCGCCUCUGGAUCCGCCUCUGGGUCCGGAUCCUCGGCUGGAGCCCGGAGCAGGGUGGCGCGCCCAGCCGCAGCCAGUGGGUCCACUGAGAGAGGUGUGCCAAAGUGGUUCAAAAUGGGACCGAAGUAGCUGCCUGUCUGCCUUCUGGGGUGGGGAUGGGGAGGAGAGGGGCUUGGAUAUCGCUAUUGGGAGAGGGUGGGAGGUAGAAAGAGAGAGCGAGGUGGAGCGUAUUCGUAAGAGAAAUGUGAUGAUACCGUUGAUAUAAGCACGGUUUGUAAAGAAUGUGAGAGAAGGUCGAAGCUGUUGUGGUGCUUGAUUGAAUGAAUUGGCCAGUUAUUUUGUCAUAAUCGUCAUCAGUAUCGUCAUGUUAUGCACCAUCAGUCGAAUUUGCUUCAUAUUAGCGUGAGUAAUACUUCCAGCAAAAUGUCAGACAUAAUUUCAUGACAUAUUGAAGAAUGACACCAUCGUAUCCGGAUAGUCAAUAGGGGGAUAUUAUUCUCUUGCACUCCGCUGCUUCAAUGCCUUGGUUUAUAAUCGCUCUCGGGUUGCUGUUAAAGGGACCCUCCCACCUUCAAAAAAGCUAAUGAAUUGGCAUGAAAAUGAUGUCGCUCGGUUCAGAAAGAGCGAAAACGAAUAUCUACCAAAUUUCAUCGAAAAAAUAUUCGCCGGUUUUCAAGAUAUUAGACUUUUACUUUUGUUUACUUUUUGGGAUCUCCGCUGUUCCUAGCGACUUUAUUAGAAAGUGCGGCAUUUGUUGCGCGCAAAGCAGCAUAUACCACCGCGUGCUACCAAGCGUUUUAGUAAGAGAUUUUAAAAUCGUUAGAUCUCCGCUGACGUCACAAAUUCUAAGGGGGCAUUCCAAUGCAUUAGCCCCUUAGAAUCCGAAAACUGCAAGUUUGAAAUUCCAUCUCCGAAUUAAAGCAUUUUUCGAUGUUGUGAGUGUCCAAACCGGUAUUUUCAGGCCAUGGCCACCAAUUUGGCUAUCUCAACUCAAAACUAAUGUUAAGGUGGGAUGGUCACUUUAAACCGCCAUCUUAUUGGAAUGCAGACCAUCGUAAGACUUCAUAAAUGGUUUAUCCAUCGCAUUAUGAUUUACGCAUGCUAAUCAAGCUUUGAUUGCCACCUGCUGAAACAUGCAUUUAUCAGUGAGGCUUGAAUGUUUUUGGCGCCGUCUAUUGUUCUGUGUUAUAUUGCACAUCAUAAUCCGCGCAUUCACAUAGCAACAACUGCUUUUCUGUUAUCCAUCUAUUGGCGUAGCGACUCUCUCAUGCCUAUAUCAAGGCCGUAGAACUCCCACCAAACGCUGUCUUUGGUUGGCUUUCUAACAGAAGCGUGCGGCCACCAGUGCUUUGAUUAGGUGCUGUCCGUGAUUUUGGACUCCAACUUUGGUGACACCACUGUGGUUACGUAACGGAGUUUUCUGUCACGGAUAGCAACGGUGAUCGUUAUAGGGAUUUGGAACACAAAGUUGGGUUUGGGAGUUCAAAAGACGAAACAUCGAAAAUUGUGCUGUGUUCUCGUGUGUUCGUAUUUUUGCUUGAAAAAAAAAACAUUUUUUUCGUUUCAAUAAUACUUGCAUUGGUAUUGAAUAUCAUUGAAUUGCACUGCCUUUUAUAUUAACCUUAUCAAUGAAUGUUUAAAUCAAUAAUCCAAUCCACGCAUAUUUUUCUUACAUUGCAACCUCACCAUCACUCAUAUUCUUCCAUGUUCUGUUUAGCACCACGCGCUAGCCCGCUGCCGGAUGUCAUAUUUCGUGACCGGCAGGGGGGACGGGGAGGGGGAGGGGGUCAGUUUGUCAAUGUCCCGUGCAGGGGUCAGCCGCGUGUGUUGACCUUUGGUGUUUUGUCGGCGCGUGGGCCGUGGGUGGGUCAGCCUGGCCUGAGCUGUGA